CAAGGUAAAUAUGUUGUGUAUUUACAGUCUUACAAAACCUAAAUUUUCAAUCUUAAUUUGCGUACACUAUGUUGCCAUUGACUCUAAAGUAACUGAGUGCUAAUUAUGUAGAAAAUCAUAAUGGUGUAGAAGUAGUGUGUUUAAUUUGUCUUGAAUGAAUGUCAAUAGUAUGUUUAGGUAGCAACAUGCCGAUGUCAUGGAGAAAUAAUCUACAGUCCUUUUGUCUUCCGCAUUGGAAAUCACUAGAGAAAUUGAAAUGGCUUUCUGUAUUUCUAGAUACUUGUAAAUAGGAGAAAGGCUGUGUUUUAUUUAAUUUUUUAUAGGUGACCUCUAUUCGAGAAUAACAUCUCUGUAGGAAUGGUUGUAUAUAAACACACAGUUAUUCUUAUAUGGACUAUGGAGGGGUUAACUGCAUAUUACGAGCUUUCCAAAGGUGUGUAUUUUGCUUUUGCAAACAGAACAAGUGUACAUAGAAGGUGCGAAUCAGUGAAAUGCACACACGUAUUGUCUUUACAUUGUUGAGCCUGAAAUAUGUGUGCACAAUAUUUGACUUAGUUUUUCAGCUUUCGAGUAAUUAAGUGCCUGCAAAUUAGUAGAUCUCAGAUUUCUGCACUGCAGCCACAUAUCGCAAGAUUUUCUAGAUACCACACUCUAGUUUAAUUGUUUUAAUUAAUCUAAAGCAACUCCAAUAAAAACAAGAAUCAUUUGUUAAUUAGUGAUAGGACUUUACUCCAGAGGGACUUUUGUGCAUAAUUCACCCACCCUUAAUGCUUUUUAUUAGUCUUUAUCUCUUUGUCUCACUCUCUCUCUCUCUCCCUCACACACAUCAUGUCUGCUAGAGAAUUGGGUUAUUGUGAUCACCGAUCUCAGGAAGAAAUGAUUGAGAUUAAAACUUUACUUAAAGUUCUUGUUGAAUCCCAAGCUAAACUAGAUGGAUCUCAAUCUAUGAUCUUAAACUCUCAGUUAAGUACUCAAAACCAGAUAUUAGAGAUAUUAAAAAGCAUUGAGAACGCAAGUAAUAAUAAUAAAAGGGACAAGGAUGGACAUAAGGUUUUCCAAAACCCAUCAUCAUCCCAUUGUCAUAAGCAGCAAGCAUUGACAUCAUUACCGGCAACAUUAUUGACACCAGAAGGAGAUACUGGCAAUAGUAAUGCUACAGAUGAAAUAGCAGAAAAAGUAAAAAGGACAACAACGGUAGUGUACGAGGAGACCACACAGGCGGUAUCUGAUGAUAAUCAUAAUGAAAAAUAUCAGCAGCAGCCAUUUGACCGACAACUUAGUGAAUUCACAGGAAAUCAUACGACCAUGGAGCACAACCUUAGAUCUAAGAGUGAUGAGGGGAUGAGUAAAAAGUAUGUUUUGGAUGAAUACGAGCAACUAUACUAUGCAGCAUACGAUGGUGACUGGGAAAAAGCUAAUAACAUUUUAGACAAUAAUCCAAAAGCGAUUCGAGAAGUGAUCACUGAAGAACUAGAGACAGCUCUGCAUAUAGCCGUGCACAGGAAUCACCUGGUGUUUAUAGAGGAGAUUGUGAGAUUCAUGCCACCUGAAGUACUGGAAUAUAAAGCAAGAUGUUUUGAAUCUACAGCACUUCACUUUGCUGUCAUGUAUGGAAAUCUCAAAGCAGCUGAGGUAAUGGUUAAGAAGAAUCGGAUGUUGACCCAGAUACGCAAUUGCGAUGGAAGGGUACCCCUCGCUCUUGCUCUUAUGUAUACAACAGAUGCACAGAAAGAGAUAGUUGAGUACCUUUACUCUGUAACUAGAGAUGAGUACCCAAGUCCGUUCUCGGGUCAUGGUGGUGCUAGCCUGUUAUGUGAUGCAAUUAAUGAAGAGUUUUACGAUAUAGCGUCAUCUCUUGUCCUACGAUUUCCAGGGUUGGUGAGUACGAGGUCGAAGUGGUCUAAGCAAUAUGGAUUUGAAAUACUUGUUGAGAAGCCAUUUACUUUUUUAAGUGGAGCUAGACUAACAUGGUGGCAGCGUUGCAUUUAUUCGUUAAUUCAAGUGGACAUGGAUUCUGCACAUUGUCAUGACAACAAAGUAGAAGAGAAAAACUCUUGGAGGAUAGAUGAAAGGAACAAAAGAGAAAAAGAUAACUGUUCAGAGAGCUCAGAAAGCAGUGAAACAGACGAAGAGAACCCUUCACAAAGCAUAAUAGGGACCAAUAAUGAGGAUGCAGGGAACCCUUCAAAGACCUCAGAAGAAAUCAAAGGAAAUGAAAAGGGUCUUUCGGAGAGCUCAGAAUUAUCCUUACCAACUUGUAAAGACUCGUCGAUAAUUAAGUGCAUCUCAAUCUUCAUCAUGCCUUACCUGAUGCGAGUGCCUCAUUUCAAACAAUUGUACAAGCAAAAGUUGAUGCACAAACAGGCUUUGGCAUUGGUCCAAAAUAUGUUGAGACAACUCGAUGAAACAUUGAACAGGAAAGAGAUGCUAGAGUUUUUUGACAGUUCUACCUUCAUGAAAACAGCUAUAAAGCAUGGAUCCACAGAGUUUAUAAUGGCGAGUCUUGAGAAAUUUGGUUGCCUAAUUAAGCAUGAAAUGUCGGGACAGACAAUGGCACAAAUGGCUGUUGAAGAACGAAAUGAUACUAUUUUGAAUUACUUAUGUGAAACUGCUGAUAUUAUGGGGAGAAAAACGGAUCUAGUUUCUAAAGAUGAUAAAAGUUAUAACACUCUCUUGCACUAUGCCGCCAAGUUGGCACCUUCUGCUAAACUCAAUUUGGUUUCUGGUGCAGCUCUGCAGCUGCAACGGGAAUUGCAGUGGUUUAAGGGUGUGGAGCGGAUCUUACGCUUCAAAAAUAGGUGCAGGACAAAUGGAGACGGAAAUACAGCUCAACUUAUAUUUACAGAGGAACAUAAAGGCUUGGUUGAGAAAGGCGAGAAAUGGAUGAAGGAUACAUCUGGAUCUUGCAUGUUAGUAGCUGCCUUAAUUGCUACUGUAGCAUUUGCAGCUGCCUUUACCGUCCCUGGAGGUAAUAUUAAUGAUAGUAAUGACGCCAAGAAUGGCACCCCAGUUUUCCUCGGAAGGACAUCAUUUAUGGUCUUUGCAGUAGCAGAUGCUUUAGCUCUUUUCUCUUCUAUAUCUUCGGUACUUAUGUUUUUAGCUAUAUACACAUCACGGUAUGCAGAAGAAGAUUUCCUCAAGUCUCUACCACAAAAACUGAUCAUAGGUCUUGCAACUCUGUUCAUAUCUAUGGCCACCAUAUUGGUAGCUUUUAGCGCAUCACUGUUUAUUGUCCUUGGAGAUAUAUUUGCAUGGGCACUGAUUCCUAUAACGCUACUAGGUUGUGUUCCAGUAGUCUUGUUUGCAUUUUUGCAGUUACCAUUGUUUGUCGAAUAUGUGCGUUCUGCGUACUGGGGUAACCUCUUCUGGAAACAUAGAUAUAUUGAACCUGCAGUUGAUCUUUAUAAUGAUACAAAGAAAGAUAGUUGAACUGUCAGGUGGUAUGGAAUGAAUUUUGUCCA